CCAGAAACUCAUCCAACCCCUGCAAGCUACUCCACCACUACUACCAUCCUCUCCACCAUCUUUUCAUAAAACCCCACCACAAGAAUCAACAACAAUUUCCUCAAGAAAAUGGCUACAAAUCCAUCUCCGGUCGAAGUCGGAGCUCGAGGCACAAUCGCCUCUUUGGUCUAUCAAGAGAUUGAGUACUUCAAAAGCCUUGAAUUAGAUCAUCACAAGAUCUCCACCCAGGAGCCAAAGCAAGCACACAAAGACGCAAACUUCACUAGUGGAAGCUCCCGAAAUAAGCCGAUCUCGACUGGAUAUUCUCCAAAAAAGAAGAAAACAGUGUCUAGUGGAGGAUUUUUGCCAAGAAUCUGCUCUGCUGUGGAAAUAGCAGAGACUGUGAAGAGUGGAUAUAGAAACUUGAGAACAGAGGGGAAGGAGUUGUCUCAGGACUAAGCAAUGGAUUCGGAGAGCUUAGAGAAGCCGAGCUUCUUAAGUCGGCUACUCAUCGGAUUGUUGCACUUAAGGUCUACAACUUCGACAAUGUAAGCAUGUCCUUUCUUUUCUGCUUUGUCUACGUUAGGAUUUCUAUCAGCAAGAAUAUCGUUAGAACGUAGUAUUGGGACUCGGUUUCCAUUA